CUGCGCAUGCUCGGCGGGAGUCUGCGCAUGCUCGGCGGGAUCUGCGCAUGCUGGGGGGACCUGCGCAUGCUCAGAGUUCUGGGGCACGGUUUCCCCGCCCCUUUCAGGCCUAGCAGGAAACGAAGCGGCUCUUCCCGCUAUCUGCCGCUAGUCCACCGGAAGCGAGUUGCGACACGGCAGGUUCCCGCCCGGAAGAAGCGACCAAAGCGCCUGAGGACCGGCAACAUGGUGCGGUCAGGGAAUAAGGCAGCUGUUGUGCUGUGUAUGGACGUGGGCUUUACCAUGAGUAACUCCAUUCCUGGUAUAGAAUCCCCAUUUGAGCAAGCAAAGAAGGUGAUAACCAUGUUUGUCCAGCGACAGGUGUUUGCUGAGAACAAGGAUGAGAUUGCUUUAGUCCUGUUUGGUACGGAUGGCACUGACAAUCCCCUUUCUGGUGGGGAUCAGUAUCAGAACAUCACAGUGCACAGACAUCUGAUGCUACCAGAUUUUGAUUUGCUGGAGGACAUUGAAAGCAAAAUCCAACCAGGUUCUCAACAGGCUGACUUCCUGGAUGCACUAAUUGUGAGCAUGGAUGUGAUUCAACAUGAAACAAUAGGAAAGAAGUUUGAGAAGAGGCAUAUUGAAAUAUUCACUGACCUCAGCAGCCGAUUCAGCAAAAGUCAGCUGGAUAUUAUAAUUCAUAGCUUGAAGAAAUGUGACAUCUCCCUGCAAUUCUUCUUGCCUUUCUCACUUGGCAAGGAAGAUGGAAGUGGGGACAGAGGAGAUGGCACCUUUCGCUUAGGUGGCCAUGGGCCUUCCUUUCCACUAAAAGGAAUUACCGAACAGCAAAAAGAAGGUCUUGAGAUAGUGAAAAUGGUGAUGAUAUCUUUAGAAGGUGAAGAUGGGUUGGAUGAAAUUUAUUCAUUCAGUGAGAGUCUGAGAAAACUGUGCGUCUUCAAGAAAAUUGAGAGGCAUUCCAUUCACUGGCCCUGCCGACUGACCAUUGGCUCCAAUUUGUCUAUAAGGAUUGCAGCCUAUAAAUCGAUUCUACAGGAGAGAGUUAAAAAGACUUGGACAGUUGUGGAUGCAAAAACCCUAAAAAAAGAAGAUAUACAAAAAGAAACAGUUUAUUGCUUAAAUGAUGAUGAUGAAACUGAAGUUUUAAAAGAGGAUAUUAUUCAAGGGUUCCGCUAUGGAAGUGAUAUAGUUCCUUUCUCUAAAGUGGAUGAGGAACAAAUGAAAUAUAAAUCGGAGGGGAAGUGCUUCUCUGUUUUGGGAUUUUGUAAAUCUUCUCAGGUUCAGAGAAGAUUCUUCAUGGGAAAUCAAGUUCUAAAGGUCUUUGCAGCAAGAGAUGAUGAGGCAGCAGCAGUUGCACUUUCCUCCCUGAUUCAUGCUUUGGAUGACUUAGACAUGGUGGCCAUAGUUCGAUAUGCUUAUGACAAAAGAGCUAAUCCUCAAGUUGGCGUGGCUUUUCCUCAUAUCAAGCAUAACUAUGAGUGUUUAGUGUAUGUGCAGUUGCCUUUCAUGGAAGACUUGCGGCAAUACAUGUUUUCAUCCUUGAAAAACAGUAAGAAAUAUGCUCCCACCGAGGCACAGUUGAAUGCUGUUGAUGCUUUGAUUGACUCCAUGAGCUUGGCAAAGAAAGAUGAGAAGACAGACACCCUUGAAGACUUGUUUCCAACCACCAAAAUCCCAAAUCCUCGAUUUCAGAGAUUAUUUCAGUGUCUGCUGCACAGAGCUUUACAUCCCCGGGAGCCUCUACCCCCAAUUCAGCAGCAUAUUUGGAAUAUGCUGAAUCCUCCCGCUGAGGUGACAACGAAAAGUCAGAUUCCUCUCUCUAAAAUAAAGACCCUUUUUCCUCUGAUUGAAGCCAAGAAAAAGGAUCAAGUAACUGCUCAGGACAUUUUCCAAGACAACCAUGAAGAUGGACCUACCGCUAAAAAAUUAAAGACUGAGCAAGGGGGAGCCCACUUCAGCGUCUCCAGUCUGGCUGAAGGCAGUGUCACUUCUGUUGGAAGUGUGAAUCCUGCUGAAAACUUCCGUGUUCUAGUGAAACAGAAGAAGGCCAGCUUUGAGGAAGCGAGUAACCAGCUCAUAAAUCACAUCGAACAGUUUUUGGAUACUAAUGAAACACCAUAUUUUAUGAAGAGCAUGGACUGCAUCCGAGCCUUCCGGGAAGAAGCCAUUAAGUUUUCAGAAGAGCAGCGCUUUAACAACUUCCUGAAAGCCCUUCGAGAGAAAGUGGAAAUUAAACAAUUAAAUCAUUUCUGGGAAAUUGUUGUUCAGGAUGGAAUUACUCUGAUCACCAAAGAGGAAGCCUCUGGAAGUUCUGUCACAGCUGAGGAAGCCAAAAAGUUUCUGGCCCCCAAAGACAAACCAAGUGGAGACACAGCAGCUGUAUUUGAAGAAGGUGGUGAUGUGGACGAUUUAUUGGACAUGAUAUAGGUCGUGGAUGUAUGGGGAAUCUAAGAGAGCUGCCAUCGCUGUGAUGCUGGGAGUUCUAACAAAACAAGUUGGAUGCGGCCAUUCAAGGGGAGCCAAAAGCUCAAGAAAUUCCCAGCAGGUUACCUGGAGGCGAUCAUCUAAUUCUCUGUGGAAUGAAUACACACAUAUAUAUUACAAGGGAUAAUUUAGACCCCAUACAAGUUUAUAAAGAGUCAUUGUUA